GUCGCUGGGUGGCGGAAUGGCUCACUUCAGUGACAGCAAAUUCGAAAUGUGGAACGGAACUGGUUUAGUAAUACUGCUCCUAGGGGCAAUCCUAAUAGUGACAGCCUCGGCCGCAUCAGGCAACAACUCUUCAAAGGCCGUUGUCUGCUACCAGGGAACCUGGUCCGUCUACCGACCAGGACUCGGAAAGUUCGAUGUGGCGGAAAUUGAUCCAUUUCUAUGCACACAUUUGAUCUACGCUUUUCUGGGCAUCGAGGAGACAGGAAAGCUGCGGGUGAUAGAUGCCUAUUUGGAUCUUGAGGACAACGGUGGACGGGGAAAUAUUAAGAACUUCAAUGCUCUUAAAUUGAAGAAUCCCACACUGAAAACAUUGGUGGCUGUGGGUGGUUGGAAUGAGGGUUCCAAGAAGUUCUCUAUAGUGGCCAGCGAUCCUGAGAAGCGAGCUGUGUUCGUGGAUGAUGUGGUCAGGUUCUUGCAGCGGCAUGGAUUCGAUGGCUUGGACUUGGACUGGGAGUACCCAGGCCAGCGUCACAGUCUAGACAACGAGGACCGCUCCAACUAUAUCGCUUUUCUCAAGGACCUUAAGGAAGGGCUUGAACCUUUCGGCUUCAUGCUAACAGCCGCUGUGGGUUCCGCUCAGUUCUCCGCUGAGAUCUCUUACGACAUCCCAGCCAUUGUCCCGUAUUUGGAUCUUAUCAAUGUCAUGGCAUAUGACCUACACGGACCUUGGGAUGAGGUGGUGGGCAUCAAUGCCCCAUUGUAUGGCUCGGCCAGCGACGCAACCGAUUCCACCGGGCGGCAGCAGCAGCUGAACGUGGACGCCAUUGUCAAGUACUGGUUGCAGGCGGGUGCACCUGCACAAAAACUGGUGCUCGGUGUUCCCUUUUAUGGACGCACCUUUACCCUGACCACUGCCGAAGGCCAUGAGCCGGGAUCACCGCACAUAGGAAAGGGAAUAGCUGGAAAAUAUUCCCGUGAACCUGGAGUGCUGGGCUACAACGAGCUGUGCGAAAAGAUGGGGCAGGAGGAAUGGACGCAGAAAUGGGAGCCGGAUCAGCAGGUGCCUUACGCCUUCAGGGAGCGACAGUGGGUGGGGUACGAAGACAUGCGUAGUCUCUCUUUGAAGGCUCAGUUCGUGAUGCAGCACCAACUGGGGGGCAUCAUGAUCUGGUCUCUGGAGUCGGAUGACUUCCGUGGAACCUGUGGCCAGCAGCGCUAUCCGCUGCUAAACGAGAUCAACCGCGUGCUCUUUGGUAGCGGCACCCCCACUGGACUAACUACAGAGUCCAAUGAAGACCAGCCCAGUAAAACGUUCAGCUGCCCGGCAGACGCACCUCUUGGUUAUGUCCGCGAUCCGAAGAACUGCUCUAAGUUCUACUACUGCAGCGGGGGUAAUACCCACAGGUUCGACUGCCCCAGUGGACUGAACUUUGAUCUAACCACCAGUAGCUGCAAUUAUUCCGACUCAGUAAACUGUUCACCUUUGAGUGCUUAACCGCAAA